AUGUUUUUAACUCUUAAGUUAUUAGCAAAUAGACAUCCUUCGUUUAUUGCACGUACAGUCUUUGUCAAAAAUAACGAUGUAGAAGGUGCUUGUAGGAUAGUCAAUAGAAUUCUUGGGAAAGAAGGAAUACUUGAACAAUUUAGGCUUACCAGAUAUUAUGAAAAACCUUUCCAGACAAGGCGCCGAGUGAACCAUGAGAAGUGCAAGGCCAUUUACAAUGAAGACAUGAAGAGAAAAAUAGAGUUUGUUCUGAGAAAAAAUAGACACGAGCCAUUUCCAGGGUGUCAUUGA